AUGUUGGCACCCGCCGUCAUGAUGUCCUCCAGUGCGUCGCACACCUGGGAGGGAGUUGGGUGGGGAGGCCGAGUGUCGGAGAGGGAGAGGCGGUCGACAUCCCCGACACCGCCCACCAAUUGCGGCUCCUUCCCUUCUAUCGAGUCCAAACCACAAUUCUCACCUUGUCCUCGUCGAUGA